ACUGUAGUUGGUUGGUUCUUACAUUCUGAUCAGGUUUAAACUCUCGGUGGAAACUAGGUCACUGUCCAACUGCACACAUCAUGUUAUCUAUCCACUACGAGCGAGUCUCUCAGUUCUCUCGCUCGCGCUCAAAAGCUUUCGAAUGCGAGAAGAACGGAUGUAUUUCACUGUCGCGCUCAGUGACGCCGAACUGAGCCGAACACGGCGUGCUCGGACUUAAAUGUGCAUCACUGCCAUAGAAUAAGCAUUUCUAUGUUCUUUCAGAUUAAAAAUCCGCCUUAUAUAAUCCAUCAUCUUAUAUAAUAUAAUCCAUUAUCUUAUAUAAUCCAUUAUCUUAUAUAAUCUAUUAUCUUUUCUAAUUUUUCUUUUUCAUUCAAUCCCCAUAUUUUCGUCUCAUAUGUCAUGACACGUACUUUACACUAGAUAUCUAUAAAAUCUACCUGAAAUCAUUCCUGCAUAUCCUCUUAAACUCUAGACCUUCCUUUCCAGCUUACCUUUUCUGUAUAAUUCCUGUAUAUAUUCCUCUCUUUAUAGUUAUCCCUUCUAUUUAAAAUAAAACCUAAAUAUUUGAAUUCCUGCAAACAGCAAGCGCUCACUCAACUGUCCGUUGAACGCAGCCAUUGAUGUAUCCAGAUUUAAAAUAUGAUGAACGCAGCUAAUGAGGUGUAACACAGACGAGAGGCCUAACGCAAGAGGAAGAUGACAAAGGUGUAUGUAUUAUUAACAGGAUUUCUGUUUUAUAAAUUCAGAUUGAAAGAAAGAGAGAAGUUCAUUACCGAGAGACAGCAUCGCGUGCAGCAACGGUUACUACAAAAGGAACUGAGAACUCGAAAACUGGAGGAGCGAGAGUACAGAACGGCGCGAAGAUUGAAAUUGUUAAAGCUUCUUAGGCGGGAAGAACGAAGUCUAAUAAAUAUUAAACGUGAUGAGCAGACCGAACAGAGGCAAAAAUGCAAAAUUGUGGCGGAGAUCACUCGACAUAAAGUAAUCGAUAUAUUGGCGGAUUGGAAGGAAAAAGACAAGGCACGAAAAAAAGAGAGGGAGGAACGACUAAUGAAUAUCGCACAACAGAAGCAGAGAGACAUGGAAGAAAAGUACAUACAUUAUUAAAUAUAUUUAAUAAUGGAAAACAAAAUUUACCAUGCGAUAUUUUU